AGCAUCAUUCCAGCAUCAGGUUGCCAAAACCCAGAGGACGGCACCCAAACAAGUGAUGGGAUUUUGUAUUUCUCAUAACCAUAUGUAUUUUUCAUAAGCGGUUUCGGUGCUUAUCCAGCCUGCUGGGAUUAGAAGAGGAGAAAAUGACUACGCAGGAAGCACAAGUAUGAGAUAUAAGCAAUUGCAAGAUAAGAAUACCACGGGGAAGAAGACUUUGAGAGGCAAACGUCCAGGCCAGCACAGAACAAGAGAGAAGAAAAGACUAGAGGUGGAAAAAGAAGUCAUCAAGAAGCUUGUAUUUUCGUUUCUCAAUAUUUGCGCAAUGAGAGGAAGGCUGCUUUCCUGGCAAAUCAAAGAAAUGGUCGACCCGACUCUAGCAGAAAUGGGAAAGAAUCUGAAUGAAGCAAUGAAGAUGCUGGAAGACAACCAAAAAAAAGUGGAGGAGGAAAAUGAAAAGAAGUAUGCGCGGAAGGAUAUUCCUGGACCACUCCAAGGCAGUGGCCAGGAUAUGGUGAGCAUACUUCAGUUAGUUCAGAACCUAAUGCAUGGAGAGGAGGAAGAGGAAACUUCCCAGGCCUACCGACUUCAAAAUGUUGGUGAACAGGGUCACAUGGCUCUGCUGGGACAUAGCUUGGCUGCUUAUAUAUCCGUGCUGGACAGGGAAAGGCUGAGAAAACUCACAACAAGGAUCCUUUCUGAUACUACUCUCUGGCUUUGCAGGCUUUUCAGGUAUGAAAAUGGAUCAGCAUAUUAUCAUGAAGAUGAUCGUGAAGGUCUCCUAAAAAUCUGUCGACUUGUUAUUCACACACGCUAUGAAGAUUAUACAGUAGAAGGAUUUAACGUGCUGUAUGCAAGGCAGCCUGUCAUAUACAUUAGUUCUGCAGCUAGAACAGGCUUGGGCCAAGCUCUCUGCAAUCAGCUAGGGUUACCCCUUUCUUGCAUGUGCCCUGUGCCUUGUAACACUAUGUUUGGAUCUCAGCAUCAAAUGGAUGUUGCUUUGUUGGACAGAUUGAUUAAAGAUGAUAUUGAGUCUGGAAAACUGCCUUUGUUGCUUGUGGCCAAUGCUGGCACACCGGGUGCUGGGCACACGGAUAAACUCGGCCGACUGAAGGAACUUUGUGAGCAGUACAGUAUGUGGCUCCAUGUGGAAGGUGUGAAUUUGGCAACUUUGGCUUUGGGCUAUGUCUCCUCUUCUGUGCUGGCUGCUACAAAAUGUGACAGCAUGACACUUACUUUGGGUUCCUGGCUGGGUCUCCCGGCUGUACCUGCAGUGACACUCUACAGACAUGAGGAUCCAUCCUUGUCCUUGGCAGCUGGGCUGACAUCAAGUCAGCCUGUAGAGAAGCUCCGUGCCCUGCCAUUGUGGCUCUCCUUGCAGUACCUGGGCCACGAUGGGAUUGUGGAGAGGAUAAAGCAUGCUUCGCAACUCAGUCAAAGGUUGCUGGAAAACUUGAAAAAUCUGGAUUUCAUUAAAACGUCGGUUGAAGAUGAACUGAGCUCACCAGUGGUGGUUUUCAAAUUCUUCCAGGAAUAUUCAAAUAGAAAUCAGACCUCACAUGCUGCACAGGCCUCAACCAUUCAGCACCCCAUAAUAAGCAGCGAAAGACACAUUUAUGAUACUUUCAAUCAGUGGCUAGGAGAGCAGUUGGCACAGCUGGUUCCUGCCAGUGGAGUUGAUGUGGUAGAACUGGAAGAUGAAGGCACGUGUGUGCGUUUUAGCCCACUAAUGACUUCUGCAGUUUUAGGAACUGAAAUACAAGAUGUUGAUCAGUUAGUUGACUGCAUAAAAUUGAAAAUACCAGUAUUGACAAGUACACUGCAACUGAGAGAGGAAUUUGAGCAAGAAGUGAGAAGAACAGUAGGUCUGCUGUAUAUUGAAGAUCUCGGCUGGCCAGGUUUAGGUGUUGUGAGAUACAACUAUCACAGUGACGGGAAGAACAAUGACAAACAAGAAAAAGAACUAGAAAAAAUCAAUACAGAACUUCUGAAGAAAUUGAAUGAACUGGAGUCUGAUUUCACUUUUUCUUUGGGUCCAGAAUUUGGAGGGCAGAAGAACUGCAUUUACAUUGGGAUGGUAACUGAGGACCUGGAUGUGUCAGAAUUAGUUGAAACCAUUGCGGCAACAGGGAGAGAAAUUGAAGAAAAUUCAAGACUGUUGGAAAACAUGACUGAAGUUGUCAGAAAAGGGAUACAGGAAGCGCAACUUCAGCUUCAGAAAGCAAACGAAGAACGACUUCUGGAAGAGGGACUGCUACGACAAAUACCUGUAGUAGGCUCCGUGUUGAACUGGUUUUCUCCAUUCCAAGCCUCGCCAAAGGGAAGAACAUUUAAUUUAACAGCAGGCUCCCUAGAAUCCACAGAAUCUACAUAUGUAUCAAAAGCGCAAGGAACAGGCACUACUCCACCACCAACUCCUACUUCCAGCACUGCAAAGCAAAGACUUCCUGGACAGAAGGUUUUUAAAAGGUCUCUAAGAAGUUCUGAUGCGUUCAGUGAGACCAGCUCAGUCAGCCACUGCGACGACCUGGAGAAGACGGAUCAGAGACCCCCCGCUCUGUCUCCUGGCCACGAGCAAGGACCUUUGGAGACCAAAAAACCAGAGGAGCAGGAGGUGGCACAGGCAACAAAGAUGGGCACAGAGGACACUCAAAGUGACAAAUGGCCAAAUGACUGCGCGAAGGCAGAGGAACAAGAAAGUCUGAGAUAAAAUCCAGACGGUGGAUUCCAGACUUUGCCGAGAAGGCCCGUGCCCUGGGAGGCAGGGUGUUAAUGAUGCAUUUAAAAUGUGAACAGUGCCACACACUAGUACAGUAAUAAUUACUGUAACUUAUUAACUGGGAGUUUGCACAAAUAGGAAGUCCCACCCACGGGGCAGAGAUUUGUCUUAUCGUACACUUGUUACAGUUGCUUUAAUCCUUUACAUGUCAGUGUCAUCCACUGCUCAUAAACAUUUGUGAAAACAAUUGGCAGUUAUCCUUCCCGUAGGAAUCUGAGCAUGAUAAUAGUUAACAAACCAAUCAGCCAUGCACAUGAUUAACAAUACAGCUGCUCCCAAUAAUUGUAAAAUGAUCUUAGACUAAUACACUUCAAAAAAAUCAGCUGCCAAUCCUUCAUCUUUUCAAUAUUUAAAAUUCAGCCUCUCCUGCAGAACACCUCCUGCAGUCCCUGAGCUGGUUUGCUGCUUUUCUCGCCCUUCCGAAGCAGCGUGCCAGGCAGCUGCGCUGCGGUGGCGCCUGUGUUCCCAGGAGUCACAGAACCGCGCUUUGCUGUCACCUCUUGUCCUGCUGUUUGUACAACCUGGCCCAUCGGCUGCGGCCCGAGGUGCAGGGGGGGACCAACCUGCUGAGUUUUAAGCCUUGUAGAAAGACAUAGAGCAGUGCCUCUGCAUGCCUGACCGGCUUCUUGCCGCUGCCCCUGGAA